UAAGAUGGUUGGGCAAGUCUCAAACGAGGUGGAGGUAAACGUGGCCGCCAGUGAAGCGUGGGAGAUCUACGGGACACUUCGGUUGGCAAAGGUUGUUGAAGAAGCUCUUUCAGGUCUCAACCAGAAAGUUGAGGUCAUAGAAGGUGAUGGAGGGGUUGGGACUGUUCUCAAGCUAACAUUUGGGACUGCAGGUGCACCUUUUGCAAGCUUAAAAGAGAAGUUCACAAAGGUUGACCAUGAGAAACGCUUGAAAGAAGUACAGGUGAUUGAAGGGGGGUAUCUUGAUAUAGGGUUUACUCUUUAUCGUGUUCGCUUCGAAAUCAUUGAGAAGGGAGAUGAUUCAUGCAUUAUCAAAUCAACAAUUGAGUUCAAUGUCAAGGAGGAGGCAGCUGCUAAUGCCUCGUAUGUCACUAUUGAGCCAUUGGCAAAAGUUGCAGAAUUUGCCAAAACUCAUCUCCUAAAAAACAAAGCUGCUUAAGGUGUGCACUGCUAGAAAUAGCAUUUAUGUAUCUUCGGAAAUAAAAUAGCAAGCUUGUUGU